AUGUGCGGUUCAAGCGCAGAUGAUCUACUACCUGCACCUGUGAUCAUCGAUGAUGAGGAAUAUGAAAUCAGCACUCCGCUCCUUCGUUAUGCUCCUGACAUAUUUGCUCAGGAAGGUGCCGAUGAUAAUCUUGCGGAUGUUGGUUGCUCCAAUAGGCACUGGAUUUUCAGCGAGACUGCAGAAUGGAGAGAGCGACAUUAUAACAUGAAGCGGAAGAUCGCUCGAUAUCCACCCUUCUCAUUCCGCUCCAGUAUCGAUGACUGUCCAGGGCAGAAACUCCGCAAGGCAAUCACCUGGUGCUGCGUGAUUUCAGACUUGCAACCGUGCCACGCACAAGAUUGCGUCGUAAGGGCCAACCUAGUGCGCCAGGUUCUUCCUGACUGCGCCUGGGUGCCGUUUCGAGAAUUUAUGGUGACAGCAUUCUCGUGCUGGAGUUCAACUGUCAAAGGCCGCAACUCGAGAGUCAUACCCAAGCUUCUGGAUCUCGACUAUCUCUGCUCACUGGUUGAGAGGAUUCAGGAAGCAGACGAACCCUCAAUGGGAGUCAUGAACUCGCGUCUUCCGUGCCUCGACAUUGUUGGCGUCAUGGCUAUCUGGGAUUGGGUAUCGUAUAUUGCUACCGAACAGGAGAACUUGAUGCGUGUUAGGAUGGACAGAAUUUUCUCCUUCUACCAGUCAUUUGUCUUUCAGGUGAUCAACGACCCUCGCCAUGAAAAAGAGCUUGGGCGGUUCGGCAUUUGCCCUAGCCGGGUUUGGAACCUCCUCGUCUCCGGUGGCAACCAGCCAAUGGGCUUUGUUGCCAUCACCCAGGACUUGCGAAAGCUAGGCUUUCCAGAUCAGGGCACUAAGCACAAGGGAUGUACCGCGCAGCUCUGCCUGUUCGCCGACGAGAACAGUACGGUCAAGCGCCAGAUGCAUCCGCCAACAUGUCCAUACCAGCCCAGCACAUGCCCAGAAGCAUACUUUGAUCCUGAUGAGUUGAGAGAUUACAUAGCCUCUCAUUCGGAUAAAGACUGGGUGCCGACUGCUUGGGAUAUCAGAGGAUGGGCCAACGACUUUCCGUCGGUGGCACCCCUACUGAAGCAGCCGCGCGGUCGCUACGUCGCUAUUUCACACGUCUGGAGCGACGGAACGGGCGUUGGCCUUAAGGAUCUUGGCAAAGUCAACUCAUGUCUUGCGGCGUAUUUUGCCCGAAUUGCUCUCAGAUUGAACUGUGAUGGGCUCUGGUGGGAUGCUAUCUGCAUCCCUAGCGGGCGGGAUGAGAAACGCAAAGCGAUGGACCGAAUGCUGGAUAACUACAUCAAUGCAACAUAUACUGUAAUCCAUGAUCAGGAACUUCUGAAUUUUGAAUGGAGAGAUGACGGCACUCCCGCGAUGGCAGUGCUUUUGUCGUCCUGGUUCACUCGUGGAUGGACAGCGGCCGAACUGAACGCGACCGGGAGGAGUUCUGACACAAGCGUCAUGGUCCUUUUCAAGGACCCUGAUAGCUCAGAGCCCCUCAUUAAGGAUCUCGAGACCGAGGUGCUAGUCCCUGCCGAGAUACAAUGGGGCUACAGCACCUUCCCCAGAGACGACAAUAUCCGCAGCCAUGCGCAUCUGGUAACCAGUGAUAUCAUCCGUGCAGUGCGAAAUUCAGGUACUUCGAAAUACACUGUAAUCAAGUCAUUGCCACACCUGAUGCGUGUCCUUGGGCCUCGGACGACAUCAUGGGCGAGAGAUCGAAUGAUCCUAGCAUCACUGCUGUGCCUCGAACCGGGGAAGGUUAACACAUCACGCACAUCCGUCGAGCAAACCAAGUGUAUCCUGAACACUUUCCAUGAGAUUCCCACUUGCUAUCUUUACCACGGGGAGGUUACCAUAGCAAGCUCCGGCCGGUACUCGUGGUGUCCCCCAUCCAUUUUCGACUUGGGUCAAACCGCAGGCCCAAUGGCCCCUUACCUGUACGGAACACCCACCACAAGCGAUGUUAUUAUCAUCAAAGAUGGAAUAGCCAGCGGACUUUUUGACGUCUCUACACUAACAGAAGAGGACUGCAAUGCUAUCCAUCCUUACGGGUCCCAUCCCGCUGUCCUGGCUAAGAUUCGGAUGGCGUUGAGCGAGCCGCACAGGUGCCUGCUGCUGCGAACUCGUGAGGAUACCUUGUCGAGCGUGCCGUAUAUCGACACGCAGAUCCUUGCGGAGGUCUUGCCUGAGCCGUUAGAAAAAUUUAGAGGCAAGGAAGACCUGAGAGUGAUACCCGCGAACUGGUUUAAUUCCGGGACCAACCUUAGGUAUGUUGGCACUGUCAUUUCGAACCGACUGUCGGGCUCUGCAGUUCGUAAGAAUGUGCCAUGUUUUCUCGGCUUGGAGGGGGAGCAGGAGAGCGAUGACGAGGAUGAUUCGGAAAAUGGGGAUGAGAGUGGGGGGGAGAGUAAGAGUGAGAAUGACAGCGAGGAUGAGGAGGAAGAGGAGGAGGAGGAGGAGGAGGAGGAUUCAGCUGAAUAUGCAGAAUUCUCAGACGAUGACAUGGAGGGAAUCGCGCUGAAGGGAAAAUUGCCAUAUUUGUGUGGCUGGGCACUGGUAAUUCCGGUAGAACACUCUGUCGAGGUUUUGCAGGGCGCACGAAAGAGGGACUUUAUUAUGACCGCAAACAAGACCCUUAAGAGUCUCAAGAAACCGUCCGCUCACUUGCGAACAGGAAGGCAGAGGUAA